AUGAUAAUUAGAAUCAAUAUUGGAGAGAGACUUCAUGGAAUUGGUAAUGAAAUAGAGUCUCCAAAAAAAACGGAACUUGUUUAUAUUAAAUUAGUCUUUAUUAUUUAUUAUUAUUUAUUGAUUCAAAUGAAGAAGUUAUAAGUUUACUUCUUAUUGAUAUUGAUGAUUGCCAUGACAUGUAAUUGUAGUUUAACCAAAUUAGUUUAAGAGCAAAUUAAACUUGGAAGCUAUGUUCAAAUGCAUGAUCUAGAAAAAGUGGGUUCAAUAGAGUUCACCAAUCUAAAUUGUGACUAAGACUUACUUAAAUUGCAGCAAUCCUUACAAACUUGGAUGGAAAUAUUAAGAAAUAAAGAUUAUUUAGAGGAUGAUGUGAAUAAUCUAUCAGCAUUAAAACUCGUUAUUGCAAAUAUAAAAAACAAUCAGAAUCCAGAAUUGCCAAGUAUAUCAUAUCUAAUAAUACAGAACUCUUCCAAUACAAGUAAUCCUAUGUUGAACUAGUAAAUUCAAUCGGUUCAACUGAACAAACAGCAUUUGAUUAAUGGAGACAAGAAGGACCAUAAAAGCUAAUUCAAUCAAUCAAUCUCAUUGAACAAGCUGACUCAUCCCAAGAUAUUCUAGAGUAUUGCACUCAACUCGAUUCCAUGAUCAAUCUUCUCAUUAAUGAGAGAGAAGAAUUAAAACAACAAAUCAAUACAUCACAAGUAAUAAUUGUACAAUUCACCAUAGUUGGUAGUGGACUAACUGGAGCAAAAGUCAAAGGAAGUUUAACAAGCACUUGAACAAUGCAAAUUACAAUCAUAAUAAAAGACCUAAGCCAAACAAGGAGAAAUUUAAUAGACAAUAACAAUUGAGGACAACGGAUAAAUACAUGAGUCAUCUGUGGAUCAGGAGAAACCAGUAUUUGAAAACACUAUAGAAAAAGAGUAAGAGUUCAUAGAAUAUGGAUAUGGAUAUUGGUUAAGAUUUUUGACUCUCUAUCCUAAACGAUUAGAAAAUGGAAAGGAUGCCCCUUGGUAUUUUUUAAGUAGAUUAACUUCGAAUAAAAAUUAUUAAAAUAUAGCAAUGAAUGACAGACUAUUGGCAAUAUGGUUAGGUUAGGGAUUCUAUCAUUUCACUACAUGUGAUGAAAUAUAAAAUCAACCAAAUAUCGUUUAAAAUAUCAAUCAUCAUGAUGACAUUGAAGGGUAAUGGACUUAUAUUUAUUAUUCAUACAAUUCUAUUUCAAAAUAAGCAGUUGCAAUUAUUCAAUACGGAUAAGAAUAACCAUAAUAAAUUACUCACAAUGUUCAACACACAAAGUCUAAAUACUUAAGAUUCCUAGUUGGUGGUAAAGACAAUAAUUAAUAUCCUGGAUUCAAUGGUCAAUUCUCAUCAAUAUUCUUAUCAACUAACCCUGGUGUCUUUAUUUCUACAAUUGCUAAAUUUAGUGAAUCAUUCAAAACAGUGAAAUUACCUACUCAAGAUUUUGAAUCUAUAUUUAGAGUUUAAUUAAUAGAUUAAGAAGUCACUAGAAAUCCUUCCCUUGAAGGUGAUUACAUGGCAGUUGGAGGAGGAACAAAGAAAUUUCCUCUUGAAUAUUCAAUUAGUGGUUGGUUCAAAUGGGAAGAGAUUGUUUAAUAAGUGUGGCAUUCAGUCUUUAGAGUCUAAAUUAACAAACCAUCAACUGAUAAGUUUCUUGGAGACAGAACAUUGUGUAUGUUCAUAGGAACAGCAUAAGGAGGAAUAUUCCAUUUUCCUACUUAUACUUAUUAAAACAUGAAGGGAGAGGGAACUUCCAAUUUAGUCAAUAACAUUCACCACAAUAACAAACAUUUGGAUUGGUUUUUUGUGUAUUUUGGUUAUUCUAAGAAACUAAAAAAGGCAUUUGUUUAAGUAAGGUUGUCGACUGGAAUUGAAACCUUAGAAUACAAUGAUGUUAACCAUUACUAUACACCUCAAUUCCAUACUUAUGUUGGAAAAGAUGAGCAUUUUCCAGGCUUCAAUGGUAAAAUAGCAUAUGUAAAUUUUGUUCUUGGGUCUGGUUCUUAUAGAAAUAAACCAGAUUUCAUUAUAAAGGAUGACUUGUUUGGCUAUGAAGUUGGAGACACUAAUCUUAUUAAAAAGGUUUAGAAGGUGAAUGAAUAGAAAUUACCAGCUGAUGUAAAAUAAGAGGAACCUAUCAAACCUGAAGAAGUGAAGCCAGCAUUCUAAGAUAAUGAAGAUAGGGAAGUAUCUUUUGAAUCCACUGCACCUGUGCUUGAAAAAGAAUACGAAGAAUGUCCCUAAGUUUAUGGAUAUGGAUUUUGGCUUAGAUUUAUGCAUGCUUAUCCUAAAAGGCUUCUGUAGGGUAAAAAUGCCCCUUGGUAUUUCAUUUCUCGAUUGACAUCCAAUAGAAAAUAUGAUAAUGUGUAAAUGGGUGAUAGACUACUAGCUAUAUGGUUGGGACAAUCAUUUUAUCAUUUCACCACCUGCGAUACACAAAAGAACCAAGCUAAUAUGAUAUCAAAUAUCGAUUAUCCAGCAGAUAUUGAGGGAGUUUGGACAUACAUCCAUUAUUCAUAUAGUAAAUAAACUCAGACGGCUAAUUCAUUUAUAAGAUAUUCAUAAUCUGAUAUUUAAUCCUCAAGUUUCUAAGCUUAACAUCCUGAUAUUGAUUAUUUGAAGUUCAUUUUUGGAGGAAAUGAUUAAAAUAGAUAUCCAGGAUUCAAUGGAUUCAUAUCUAAAAUUAUGAUUACAAUUUCAAAAGAUAACUUUCUUUCAACCAAAGAAGAAUUCAUAACAUUUGUGUCUAAAUUAGAAUAACCCAAGGUUGGUCUCACUGAUUUAAUUACUUAUUAAUUGAUUGAAAAUGAAACUCAACGAUAAGAUUCUGAUGAAUCUCUUGUUAAAACUUUAAAUGACAACAAUUAGAGAUUUCCUCAAGAAUAUGCCAUGAGUGGUUGGUUUAAAUGGAUUGGUCCUUAGAGAACUCCAUGGCACAAUAUUUUUAGAGUAUAAAUCCAAACACCUUCAACAGACAUUUAUUUGGGAGAUAGGACUUUAUGCAUGUGGCUUGGUUCUAUUGAAGGAGGAGUAUUACACUUCCCAACUUAUACAUAUGAUAAUACUAAUUCUAAGGGCAAUCCAAACUAUUAUAAAAAUAUCAAACACAAUCAAAGACAUUUGGAAUGGUUUUAUGUGUAUUUUGGAUAUUAGAAAUCUUCUAAACAAGCAUAUGUCUAAGUAGCUUGGCCUAAAGACACUCAAGAUAUAUUGUAUUAGAACAUCAACCAUUAUUUGACUCCCUCAUUUUACAUUUUUGUGGGAAAAGAUAACUUUUAUCCAGGUCUAUCAGGCAAAUUAGCGUAUGUGUAUUUCAACCUUGGUAAUGGGUCAUUUAAAAUGAAAAAUGAAAUUACAGAUAUCGUUGAGUCCUAUUUGAAAGGCAGUGUGGUUAUAAAACCUUAGAUCUCAAAUACUUAAAAAAAAGAAUAAGAACAAUCUACUUAAGAAAUUAAAUAGGUUAAUUAAGACAUUAAAGCAGUUAACCAAGAAACUAAAUAAAUUAAUCAAGAAACUAGAUAAACUAAUUAAGAAGAGAAAUAAACUACUUAAGAAACUAAAUAAGUUAAUCAAGAAAUUAAAUAAAAUAAUUCAGAAACUCAACAAGUUAAUUAAGAAACUAAAUAAGUUAUUUCAGAAACUAAAUAAAUUAAUCAAGAAACUCAAUAAAUUAAUUAAGAAGUGAAAUAAACUAAUCAAGAAACCAAAUAAAUUAAUCAAGAAACCAAAUAAGCUAAUUAAGAAAUGAAAUAAACUACUUAAGAGACCAAACAGGUUAAUUAAGAUAUAAAAUAAUCUAAUUCAGAUACUAAAGAAGUUAGUCAAGAAACUAAAUAAAUUAAUCAAUAGACAAAAUAAACUACUUAAGAAAAUAAGCAAGUUAAUCAAGAAGUUAAAUAAGAAACAAAAUCAGUCAAUUAAGAAACUAAAUAAGUCAAUUAAGAAACAUAACAAACCAAUUAGGAAACUAAAUAAACUACUUAGGAAGUUAAAUAAACUAACUAAGAAUCUAAAUAAGUUAAUUAAGAAGUAAAAUAAACAACCUAGGAAACUAAUGAAUAUAGUAAAUAAGUUAAUGAAUAACUUAAAUAAUCUAAUGAAUAAACUAAAUAAGUUACUUAAGAGAUUAAAUAAGAAGAUUAGAAACAAUAAACAACCAUUCCUUUUGAUCAUGAUACUAUUAAAGAAGGCUAUUCAGAUACACCAGGAUUAAAACCUGGAAAGAUUGAUCAAUCAGAAUAGUAAGAGUGUUCAGAAUAAACAAAUGACAAAGACACUCCUCUUGAUAAACCUAUUGAAAAGAAACCUGUAACUCGUACAGUUUAACAGUAAGAAUAAACCUCAGAAGAAGCUUAAGCAAUCAUUAUAGAUUCCAAAGAAGUCAAAGUAGAUUAAAGUCUAAGUAGUUCUCAAUAAAACUAAGAAUUAACUAAGAAAGUAGAUCAAUAAAUUGAGUCAAGUCAAAAAACUACGCAAGAAACUUAAUAAGUUACUUCAAAGACAAAUGAAACUACUUCCUAAACUAACUCAAUAACAUAAUAAACAAAUGAUGCAUCCUCUAUCACAAAUACACAAACCUAAUAAACUAAUGAGACUAUUUAAUAAAAUAAUAAAACAAUAUAGGAAACAAAUGAAACCAAUUCUUAAAGCAAUAAAACUAUAUAAGAAACAAGUGAAACUACUUAAUAAAACAAUAAGACAAUUUAAGAAACAAAUGAAACAACUUAAUCCAAUAAUAAAACAGUGUAAUAAACAAAUGAGACUGUAUAAUAAGUUAAUCAAACAGUUUAAUAGACAAAUGAGACCGUUUAAUAAGUUAAUAAAACAUAAUAGGAAACUAGUUAAACUACUUAAUAAACUACUUAAUAAAAUACUUAAUAAACAACUCAAUAAAAUACUUAAUAAACAACUUAAUAAAAUACUUAACAAACAACUUAAUAAACAACUCAAUAAAAUACUUAAUCAGUAAAUUAAUCAACAUAAUAAUCCAAUUCAUAAACAACUGAAUCAAAAUCUACUUAAACAACCUAAGAAAUCAAUAAUUCAUCUUAAUAAAUUGAUAAAAUCACCUAAGAAACAAACGAAUAAUAAUAAGAAUAACAUGAUUUCAAAAUUAUUGAUCAUAAAAACGAAGAAACGAUUGAUUAAUAAACUAUAGAUAUGCCAACAUAGGAGGAUGAUUAUUGUGUUUAAGAUCAAGAUGAUGAAUAAGAGGAUGUUAAAGAAAUUAAGAUUAUUCCAGGAUAAACCUAUGAAAAUUAAAUAUCAAAUGACAAAGAAGGAAAGAAUCCCAUCGUUGACUAAGGAAUAACAGUGGCAAAUAAUUAUCAAGAAUAUGGGUAUGGUUUUUGGAUGAGAUUCUUAACAUUGUACCCUAGAGAAUUAAUUAAAGGAAAGGAUGCUCCUUGGUAUUUCAUAAGUAGAUUGACAAGAAAUAAAAAUUAUGAAAAUAUUAAGUUGGGUGAUAGGGUAUUAGCAAUAUGGCAAGGAGCAGGAUUUUACCAUUUCACAACUUAUGAUGUUGAUGGAUUAAAGCCCAAUGUGCUAUUAAAUAUUGAUUAUCCAAAUGAUAUUGAGGGUGUGUGGACAUACAUUUAUUAUUCGUACAGUACAGAACUUGAUUAAGCUGUUGGACACAUAAAAUUUGGAAAUUAAAAAUUCACCACUAUAAAGUAAAAUGUGAAGCAUGCUCCAACUACUUAUUUGAGAUUCAUCUUAGGAGGUAACGACUAGAAUAGAUUUCCAAGUUUCAAUGGAAUUUUCACUAAAAUAACUUUUGGCAUAAAAAAGGGAACUUUUCUUCAGACAUCAGAGUAGCUAAUAAUGAAAUUAAACAUUAAUGAAGUGCCUUAGUAAAUUGGGGAAGUGGCAUAGAGUGUAAGGAUGGUAGAAAACUAGGAAGCAAGAACUUCAGAGAAUAUGUAUGAAUACAAGGAAAUAAGGAAUAAGAAAGUUAAGUUUCCCUCAGAAUAUGCAUUGAGUGGGUGGUUCAAAUGGUCCACAUUGAUGGAAAAGGAAUGGCAUAACUUAUUCAGAAUAUAGAUUAGAAAGGAGUCCACAGACAGUUUCUUGGGAGACAGAACUUUGUCAUGUUGGAUUGGAAAGACUUAAGGAGGUGUGUAUCAAUUUCCCACUUAUACCUACACGAAUAUGAUUGGUAACGGGAAUGCAAACUUAUAUAAAAACAUCAAUUUAAAGGAUAGACAUACAAAAUGGCAUUUCAUUUAUUUUGGAUAUUCAAAGAUCAAGAGUUAGGCCAAUGCUUAUGUAAAAUGGUAAGAAGAUGAGGAUUAACUAUUGUAUGAGAAUGUGAAUCAUUAUUAUGUCAAGAGAUUAUAUGCAUAUGUUGGUAAGGAUAGGUUUUACCCAGGGUUGAAUGGUAAGAUGGCAUAUGUGGUUGUGAAUUUUGGAUUUGGUGCUUAUAAAAAUCAGAGGUAAUUUGAUGAAGAGAUAUUCAAUUUCAAUUUGGGAAUGAGGGAAUUGAUGAGAAGUACUUAGGAUGUGGAAUUCUAGCCAUCAAUAAGAUAAGAAAAAAUGGAGUAGAGUGGUUUUGAUUCAGACUAGGCUAGUUUUGAAUAGGAUGAAAAUGGUGAGAGACCAUUUACGUAAUAUGGUUAUGGUUAUUGGAUGAGAUUUUUGACACUCUAUCCAAAGAAACUAUUAAAUGGUAAGAGUGCACCUUGGUAUUUUGUGUCAAGAAUGACAUGGAAUCAGAAUUACAAUGAUAUAAAUAUGGGGGAUAGAGCCUUAGCAGUAUUUUUGGGAAGAGGAUACUAUUAGUUUUCUACUUGUAAUUUGAUUACUAAGAAUACAAAUCAAGAAUAGAGAAUUCCUCAUCCAGAUGAUAUCGAAGGAGUCUGGACAUUUGUCUAUUAUUCAUACAAUAAGGAAUUAGGAAAGGCUGUUGGAUUCAUGAGAUUUGGAAGUGACAAAUUUUAAUAGAUUUAGCAUACAUAGGUUACACAUUAGGAUACUAAAUACUUAAAAUUAAUUGUAGGUGGAACUGAUAAAAGAAGAUACCCUGGAUUUAAUGGUCAAUUUGCUAAGAUAUCAUUCUCAUCCAAAGAAGGAUCUUUUGUAGAUCAAGAGAAGGUUUUGAAAUCCUAUACACUUGAGAGAAGAGUGUAAAAAAUUGUAACAAUGAAUGUGUUGGGAGAUUAAUAGUAGAGGAAAUCAGGUGAUGAAGGUGUGUUUGCUUAAAGUGAUAAAGUUGAUUUACCAACCGAAUAUGCAAUUAGUGGUUGGUUCAAAUGGUUACAAGUGGAUCAAUAGGAACCUUUGCAUAGUAUGUUCAAAGUAACAAUCAGAAAUCCUUCAGAUGAUUAAUUAGGAGAUAAAACCUUAGUGAGUUACGUAGGAUAGAAUGAGAUAUAGUUUUCUACUUAUAGUUUCGAGAAUAUGGAUGGAAGUGGUAAUAAAGACAUUUAAAGAAAGAUUGAGCAUAAGAAUAGGCAUUAUAGAUGGUUCUUUGUUUAUUUUGGAUAUUAACAUGAAACAUCGACUUGUCAUGUCCAUAUUUAAUGGUCGGAUGAGAUGUCUUAGUAAGGAUUCGCACACAUUAAUCAUUACUUGACUAAUUAAUUUUACAUCUAUGUUGGUAAAGAACCUCUUAUUGCUGGGUUCAACGGAUUGAUUACUUAAGUUAAAUUCAACAUGGGUGAAGGAGCAUUCAAAUAAAGUACUGACUAUAAGGAUCAGGACAAUAUAUUUGGUUUUGAUUUGCAAACAAUUAAGAAGGAAGUUAAAACAUUUGAUAUCACUAAAUCUAAGGAGAAAAUUAUGAUAGACUCAAAUAGUGACGAGGAAUCUAAUUAUCUGAAAGUGUUCAAUAAAGAGGAGUUGGAUGAGGUGUUUGAAUAUGGAUAUGGAUUUUGGUUAAGAUAUCUAAGGAAUUAUCCAAAAGUGUAAAUUGAAGGGUUAAAGUAGGAUUGGAGUUUCAUCAGUAGAUUGACUAAGAACGAUGUUUUGUAAGAUCUUACACUAGGGGACAGAGCUCUGGCAAUUUGGCUGGGCAAAGGAUUCUAUCAUUUUACUACUUACAAUUAAUAGCUCCCUAAUAUCUUCACUAAUGUGAAUCAUCCUGCAGAUAUCGAAGGUUUAUGGACAUUCAUUCAUUACUCACAUAAUCUUAAUAAGGAAUAGAGUGUAUCUUUUAUUUAAUUUGGUAAUGAUAAACCAAUAAGGUCUGCCUAAUAGAGUGUUCAAGCGAUACCAACUAUUUUGAAGUUCUAUUUGGGAGGUAGACACUUGACUUACAAGGGAUUUAAUGGAUAGAUAAGUGGGGCUUAUGUUAGUGUGAAUAAAGGCAUUUAUGUAGAGAGUGAGGAGAAGUUCCAGGAUUUGUUAAAAUCUAUUCCUUAACCUGCAACAUACAGAGUAGAAUUGAUCUAAAAUGUGUUGGUGGAGAAAAGCACAAGAUUUGAUAUGAAUUCAGAAGCGAAGCCAUUUGAGUUUGAGAAUUAGAAAUUUAGUGGAGAAUACUCUUGGAGUGGUUGGUUCAAAUGGUCGAGUGCCAUUUAAAAUGCAUGGCAUUUGGCUGUUAGAUUGUCGACACUUGAAAAUUAUGAAAAUAAAAAUAGUUUGGGAGACAGAACAUUAUGUUUAUGGAUAGGAUAGUAAGCAGGUGGAAUCCUUUAUUUCUCUACCUAUACUUACACAGACUUAUAUGGUUCGGGAAAUCCAAACAGUGUUUAAAAUGUUCAAUACAAGGACGAUAUUGCCAAAUGGCAUUUUAUUUAUUUUGGAUAUUCAAGAGUUUAAUAGUUGGCUUAUGGUAAAGUUGAGUUUGGUUAUAGAAAAGAGUAAGUCAAUUUUGAGCAUCACCAUCAUUAUUUACCUAACAAAUUCUUUUUGUCAAUAGGCAAAGACAAAUGGCAUGAUCCUUAUUUAGGCAGCAUAGCGUAUUUGAGAUUCCAAUCAGGAGAAGGAGCAUUUUAUUAAGGAGAAUUUAACGAGGUCAAAGAUGACUUAUUUGGGAAUAAAUUAGGAUCAAUGGAAUUGUUGAAAUCUAAGAUAAAAUUUGAUAUUGAUAAGGAUGCUAUCACUAAAAUGUUUGCAUCUCCAUAAGUAGAUUAAAAAGAACCUAUAUUCUCUAAGAUAUUUAAUGAGGAAGAAUUGGACAAUGUUUCUGAAUAUGGAUAUGGAUUUUGGUGUAGAUUUUUAACAAGGUAUCCAACCUAACUUAUUGAGGGAUUAAAAGCAGAUUGGUCAUUCAUAUCAAGAUUGACUAAAAAUUAAAAUAAAGGAGACAUGAAUUAUGGUGAUAGAACUUUGGCUAUUUGGUUGGGAAAGGGAUUCUAUCAUUUCACUACUUAUUCCCACAAAUAUGCUAAUGUGGUUCAUAAUAUUGAUCAUCCAGCAGAUAUUGAAGGUUUAUGGACAUUUAUUUAUUUUUCACACAAUCUAUACAAAAAGGAAAGUGUAGCCAUGAUUAAAUUUGGAGAAGGUAAAGUAAUCAAAGGAGUGAUUCCAGCCAUUCAUUAAGCUCCAACCUUCUUGCAAUUAUAUGUAGGUGGUAAUAAUAUGAAAUAUCCUGCCUAUAAUGGUUAGUUUGCAGGUAUAUUGUUUUCCAUUGGAGAAGGAAUCUUCUUGUCUGAUGAGAGUGAUUUAAUAAAAUUGUUAGAUAAAUUGAAAAAACCAAAUGAUUAUAGUUUGAAGUUGUCGACUAAAGAUAUGAUUGCAAAACCCAAGUAAUCUUUUGUUGCUUAGGAAACAGUAUUUGAUGAUGUCCCAUUGGUUGGACAAUAUUCUUGGAGUGGUUGGUUUAAAUGGAAAUAGAUGGGAUAACAAUUCCCUUGGUACCUGAUGGUUAGAUUAGCAAUAAUUAAGAAUACUAGUGAUAUAAAAUUAUUGGGAGAUAGAACCUUAAUGGCAUUUAUGGGUCAAGGAUACAUUCACUUUACAACUUAUACUUAUAAGAAUAUUUACGGAGAAGGAACACCUAAUAUUUGGUAGAACAUUAAUCAUGAUGGAGAACACAUUUAGUGGCAUUUUGUAUAUUUUGGCUAUUCAAGAGCUUAAAAAUUGGCUUAUGGAAAAAUCUAUUUUGAUGAUAGGGUUGAGUCUGUUUCAUUCAAAGAUACUAAUCAUUUCGUUCCAAAUUUAUUUGCCUUAACAAUAGGAAAGGAUAAAUGGUUUAAUUAAUACAAUGGAGAUAUCGGAUACUUUAGAUUUAAUGCAGGAGAAGGUGCUUUUUAAAUGGAGAAUCAUGACAAGGCUGAGAAUGAUGCAUUUGCAUUCAAAAUUGGAAGACUUUCAACUAUCAAUCCAAAUAAACCUCCCCCUGAAGAAGUCCGAAAGCAAGAGUACUUUGACAAUUCUUUGGAUAGCGAAACAGUCUAUACAUUUGAGAUUUCUAAAGAUAUUUACGAAUAAAGUUCAUUUUCACAUGUUCCUGAAAUAAUAGGAGGAAGGGGAGAGAUUACUAAAAAUGACGAGUAAAUUGAAGAGGAGAAAAAAGCAAUUGAGAGAUAAGAGUAGUAGCUGAAGAAAGAGGCCGAGAAGUUUUAGAAUGAAAAAUCAGUUGGAAUCAUUGAAAAUCAUUACUAGUUCCCUGAUUAGGAUAAACAAAGAGUGGUAUCAGAUGAAGCAGUUGAUAUUAUUAAACCUCAUUCAGAAUAAACAAAGAAAGAUGGAGAUCCAUCAAAAUAAACAUAAUAGUAGUAGUAGUAGGAAUAUAAAUCAGAUUGGGAUGGAUUAAGGUUCUAUGGAUAUGGAUUCUAUUUGAGAUAUCUUACUAUGUAUCCACAAUAAUUGAGAGAUGGUAAAAAUGCCCCUUAUUAUUUCGUAUCACGAUUAACUUGGAAUCCUUAGCCUCAAGAUAUCGGUAUGGGAGAUAGAGUGCUGAGCAUAUUCUAAGGAUAAGGAUCAUACAGUUUCCAUACUCUAGAUAAGCCAUCCAAUAAUCCUAAUUUAAGAACAAUUAUUCCAUAUGGUGAUAUCGAAGGAGUGUGGACAUUUGUCUAUUUCAGUUACUCUCAAGUCGAUAAGAAGGCUGUGGCAUUUAUAAAGUAUGAUGACAGUGCUGAAAUAUACAGAAGGGACAUUAUUUGUAAUCACGGGGAUGUUGAAUAUUUAAAGCUGAUGAUUGGAGGAAAAUAAGGUAUUUAUUAGGGAUUCAAUGGUUAAAUUGCCAAUUAUGCAUUUAAGUAUGGCAAGGGAGCUUAUAUAAAUGAGUUUGAAUUGUACAAGAGGAUUCUAUCGAGUCGAAUUCCUCAUCCUGUGGCUGAUGAUUAUCAAUUCAAUCAAAUUAAAAUUAUUGAGACUUAAGUUGGUUUCAAAGGAGAUGAAUAAACUGAUAGUAUUAAAGAAAUAGAGGGUCACUUCUAGAAUGAAUAUGCAAUUAGUGGAUGGCUGAGAUGGGAUUAACCGAUUGGAGUUCCGUACUUUGCUCUUUUUAGAUUGAGUGGAUUUAAAGUGGAAGAUAACAAUGAUUCUAAAUUAGGAGAUAGAGACAUGAUGCUAUUCAAACAUACCUAAUAUUACCUAUUCUAGUCGUAUAAUUAUCAUAAUUUGAAUGGAGCAGGAGACUUUGCUAUUAGUUGGCAAGUGAAUCAUCAGGAAUGGGAGUAAUUCUGGCACUUCUUCUAUAUUGGCUAUAAACGAGAGAGCAAGCAACUCUAUUAUUAUGUCUCAUUCAUUGAUGAUGAAUUCGACCAAGUGCAUAAUAACAUCCAUCAUUUCAUAGUUCACAAGCACUAUCUCCAAUUCGGUAGAGACUACAGUAAAUUCUACAGCAAACACAGAGGAUUCACAGGAUAAGCUACUCAGGUCCUCUUAAGUUAUGGUAAGGGAUCUUUCCAAACCAAGCCCUUUAAUAAUGAUAUCUUCAUGUAUCUCAAAGGAGUCAAAGAAUUGUUCUCAUCUCUGGAAUUAAUUACUAGAGAAAGCGAUCGAAACAAAUUGUUGAUUGGGGAUGCCAACAAACAAGGCACACUAAUGGAUCUUGAAAUUAAUGACGGAACUGAUUAUAACAUUAGAGGAUUGAAUGAGUAUGGAUGGGCCUUAUGGUGCAGAUGGUCUAGAACAUUAACUCGACCCAUUCAAUAUAAGGAUGCUUGGUACUCACUUGCUAGAAUUGCCAACAGGAAAGGACAUCAAGAUCUAUAAGUCCCAGGAGAUAGAACCCUAGCAACAUGGAUAGGCAUGGGAUUCUAUCUUUUCAGUACCUACACUAGAGGAGUCUUACAAUUGACUGAAUCAAUCCCUUAUGGAAAAUUUGAAGGAUAAUGGAAUUUUAUUGUGUUUGCCUAUCGUAAAAACGUGGCUAAGGCCAGUGUCUUGUUUGGACAAGAUUCCACAAUUGUAGAGAAAGAGUUUAAGGUCAAGCACAACAUGAUUAAGGAUUAUUUAAGGUUCGUUGUGGGCUCUGAAUUCGGUUAUAAAUUCUUUAAUGGCCAUGUAGUAAAUAUCUAACUUAGAAUGGGGAGUGGAGCGUAUCUAAGCAAGGAAGAAAUAGUGAUCAUUGCUAAUGGAGAGUUAGGAUUACCUGCAGAAUCCAAAUAUGAUUAGACUAGAAAAUCUAUAGAAAUUGUGAAGGAUCGAAUUCCUAAUUCUGGGCAAGGCAGAGAAUUUGAUAUUAAAGAAGAUGUUGCUUAAGGAAAAUUGGAAUAUUCAAUAUCUGGAUGGGCCAAAUGGGUGGAUAUCCCAGCCAUCUAACCUUGGUAUAUGUUGUAUCGUGUGGCCUAUUAUGAUUACAAUGAGUUGUUGAAUAUGUAAAUCCCAGGAUCUAGAGUCUUUUAGUGUCAUAAAGCCUAUGGAUUCUAUCAUUUUAAUACAUAUACAGUCGACUAGGAGAAUGGAGGAGCAUGGUAAAUUGUGAAGAAUAUUGAUUACGAUAUAACCCAACAUAAAAAUUGGGUAUUUUUCUACCAAGGGUAUUCUCAUUAAAAGCAGUAGGUUCAUCUUUAUGUUAAAUUCCCAGGAUUUGAAGAACAUUAUACAUUUAUCAACAUUAAUCACUUUAUUGCUUAGAGAUUCAAGGUCCAUUUCCUAUUGGAUAGAUGGAGUCCAGGAUUUAAUGGAUUCCUUGAGAGUUGGUACUUUAAUGUGGGUACUGGAUCUUAUAAGGAAAGUGAAUAUGGUAUAGGGGAAAAUACAGAAAUUACAUUUGGAUUUGGAUUGCAUAAACCAGCUCAACCCAAGAAUUGGCAAUUUAAUGAUAAUUAUGCUUGUGGAUUUACAUAGUAAAAUGUAGGUUAAGAGGUGGAAUAUAAAGAUGAUCUUCUAAUAGAUGGAUUAGUUGAAUAUGGAUAUGGUAUGUGGACUAGGUUUGCUUGGAACACUCCAAUUAAAAUGGUCAAUAAACCAACAUGGAUGGCAUUAUCAAGAUUGACAGUUAAUCCAAACUAUUAAGGAGAUGCUGCAUAAUUGGGAGACAGGGCUUUGGCUAUAUGGGUUGGACCUGGAUACUAUCAUUUUACAACUUCAACUAGAGGAAAUUACAAUGUAGUACAUAACAUAGAAUAUGAUCAAAUGUUGGAUGGGUAAUGGAACUAUAUUUGGUUUGGGUAUAAACGUGUAAAUGAUAAGUUGGGAACUGCUGUUGGAUAUGUAGCUUUUGAUGGUCAUAUAAUUAGAAAGACUAAUUUUGGUAAUAUUCUUCAACAACCAUUGAAUGACUAUUUAUAUUUAGCAGUAGGAAGCUCAGGAAGAUACUUUUUAGAUAGGUAUCAUCAAUUUAAUGGUCACAUUUAAAAAGUCUCUUUGAUUUUGGGAUCUGGUGGUUUCAUCGAAAAUGUAGAUUUGUUGAGAAAGUAAAUUCCAUCUAAACCUGAAUUUUUGAGAAAUCAAAAGCAAUUUACCAAAAUAGUUAUAGAUGAAAUGAAAAAUAUGAAAAGAGAAGAGUGGGUACCCGCACCUGUUGAAUUCGCUGAAGAGUUCGAUGGGGCUUAUGAAUAUUCAGUGUCACUGUGGUUCAAAUGGACUAAAACAUAUAGAGUGGCAUGGGAAAAUAUAUUCUCUGUCUCUUAUAAUGAAUAAAAUAUUAGAGCUAAUCACGCUAAACCUGGAGAUAGAGUCUUAUCUAUGUUUUAAUAUGCAGAUCACAGAAUAUUCUUUAGUACAUAUACAACUCCUGGUAAUCAUGAUUAAUUUGCUCAAAUAUACACUGAAUGCCCAGUAGAUAUCCCAUCAUAAUCUGAAUGGGUUUAUGGCUAUUAUGGUUAUAGCAGAGAUCAAAAUAAAGUGAUAUCUUAUCUAUAAACUAAAACAUAAAAAUGCUUUAAGGCCUUAUCUUGUAUGCAUAGAGUGCCUAAAUAUAUGGGAUUAUACGUAGGCAAAGACGGUAUUCACACUCCCUACAAUGGUAAAUUCAGCAAAUUAUAUUUUAUGGGACAUGCAGGAUCCUACAUUGAAGGAAAUUUCUAAUCUUUUGGACCUUUUGCUGCUGGUGGAAUAUCAAUAACAAAACCAGCCUAUUUCUGGACUGAUUGGAAGGAAAGAUUUGAGAUUGCUUAUGAUUAAAAUAAAGUAAUUGAAUUAAAAGCAGAGGAAGUUGAUGAAUAGACUUCAUAUAGCAUAGGCAUGUGGACAAAAUAUUUUACUGCAAUUCCAAAAAGACUGCUUCAAAAACCAGAUUGGCUCCACCUUGCUCGAUUGACUAUAAAUCCUAAUCAUAAAAAUUAUGAAAAUCUUGGAGAUAGAACUUUGGCGCUUUUUAUUGGAAGGUAAUACUAUGGGUUCUUUACUUAUAAUUCUGCUAAUAACAAUCCGAAUAUUGUGUAAAAUAUUAGAUAUGAUGAUAAUUUUGAGGGUGAAUGGAACUUCAUCUAUUUCUCUUAUAAUUCUGAAUUACAGUUGGCAACUGGUUUUGUAAAAUUCAGUAAACUCGAUAAAAUUUAGAGAAUUCAAUUCAGAGACAUAUAACAUAAACCUAUUGAUAACUAUGCAAAAUUGGUGAUUGGAAAUGAGUUCUAAUAUCAAGGAUUUAAUGGAUAAAUAGCCAGUCUAUAGCUAGGAUUUGGCAAGAAAUUCUAUGUUCAUGACUCAGAUGCUCUAAAUAAAAUAAUCCUGGAAUUCUUCAAGCCUCCAGGAGAAGAUGAGGAUGAUAACAGAAAAGUCAAUAUUGUAGAGGAAGUGAAAGAUAGAGCAUUCAAUAAUGGACCUGAAUAUAGAGAAAUCUUAGAUUAGAAAGGUGCUGAAGAGUAUGCCAUGUAUGGAUGGUUUAGAUAUACAAGUACAACAUUGAAGACACCCAAUAACUGUAUAAUGAGAUUAACCAAUAAUGAAUAAGGUUAUAGAGGUGAAAUAAGCAGAGUUGGAGAUAGAACACUAUUAGUGAUGUUGUAGCCAGGUGAGUAUGUAUUUGCUACUUAUUCACUUGGUAAUAUUGAUAGCGGAUAAAUUGUGAAUAUUCGAAAGCCCACUCCAUAUAAAACUAAUCUUGGCCUUUGGACUUACAUUUACUUUGGUUAUCACUUUUAAAAAAGAAAGGCUUCAGGAAUCAUCAAAUAUCCAAGUGGUUAUGCAUUAGUUCCAUACGAUAAUGUAUUACAUAUGGUUCCAAAUUAUUUGUUAUUCUUUUUCGGUGGAGAUGGAAUGCUUGGAGGAUGGCACGGUUAGAUGCAGAAGGUGAAUUUGUUAUUUGGCAGAGGAUCUUUCGUAGAUUCUACUAAAGGAAACUUUGCAGAAAAAUUGCCAAAUCUCUAGGGAGUGGAAUCUAAGCCUUUGAUUUGGGAUGGAAUAGACAAUAAAAUUAUAGAAGUGCCAUAACCUGACAGACCAGCAUUGGAUAUUGUAUUUAAUAAAGAUGUAAAUGGAUUCGUCGAAUAUGGAUAUGGAUUGUGGACUAGAUGGUUGACUACUAUUCCAAAGAGAAUUAUAGAAAAAGCACCAUUUCACUAAUUGAUUAGAUUAUGCAGUACGGAAUAAUACGAGGAUGCUACAUAAUUUGGUAAUAGAGUUUUGGCGAUUUGGGUGGGUAAAGGUUAUUAUCACUUUACAACUUACAAUAAGAUUGGAAAUAAAAUCUCCACUUCUUAAAAUAUCAAUUAUGAUGACAAUUUAGAAGGAGAAUGGAACUACAUCUACUAUUCAUUCACUAAUAAAUAAUAAGCAAGGGCUGUUGGAUUUGUAUAUUUCAGUGAGUAAUAAGGUACAGCCAUCUCUCGAGUUGAGUUUUUAAAUUUAGAACAUGUGGCUCUUAAUGGAUAUGCGAGGGUUGUGGCCGCAAAUAAGGAGUUUGGUUAUUAGCCAUUUAAUGGUAUGAUUGCAGAUUUGCAAAUUCAUUUAGGAAACGGAUUUAUUGGUUCUAGAGAGUAAUUGAUCAAAGAAAUCAUUCAACUUAAUCCAAAACCAUCAAUGAGUAUUUAAUCUAAAAUGGAUGUUAAUUUGAUUAAUACUGAAGUCAUCAUAAAGCCAGAAGAAAAGAAAGAGAUGAAAUACAAAUAUGAAUAAUACAAAGGAGUAAAUGAAUAUGCAGUAUCUGGUUGGUUGUAAUCUAAAGUAAUGGGUUUGACAGAUGCUUAUAGAAAUGUAUUUAGAUUGACUAUCAAUCCCCCAGAAUUCUAAAAAGAUAAAUAAAGUGCAGGAGAUCGAACUCUAUCCUUGUUCUAAAGUAAGACUAAGUUAGCAUUUUCAACUUACACUUAUGGUAUAUUUGAUACACAAGGAGAUGAUAACAACGAGUUUAAUCGAAUUAUUAAUUCUGGAAAUAGCAAUGGUGAAUGGGUAUUUGUUUACUUUGGAUACUAAUUCAAAUCCAAAUAGGCCUUUGCAUAUACCCUCUUCUUAAAUCGAUAAGAUAGUGCUCAAUUUAAUAACAUAAAACACUUUGUUCCUAAUUAAUUCUUCUUCUAUUUGAGUAAUGAUGGAUAUUAUCCAAUUUUUGAUGGUAGCUUAUUUGAUUGGAAUCUUUACUUCGGAGAAGGGGCAUUCACUACCAAACCAAAACAGAUCAUUAAUCAAUGGCCUAUUGAACCAAUUGGCGAAUUUGAAGGUGUUAUCUCAGCACUCUUAUCAAAUUAAGGUUUGAAUUCUAUGAAAAUAAUAAGACCUGAAAAAAAGGAAGAUGAAGAAGUUGUUUUUAAAAAUAAUUUCCCUAAAUCCGGAACAAUUUCUGGAAAUCCAGCUCCUCGUUCUGGUUAAACAUAAGUUGAGAAUAAAGAGUCAAAGCCAAUAUCUUAAACUAUUGUUAAAUAGCCUUAAUCAGGAUAGAUUGAUAGUGAAAAAUAAUAAUAACAAUAACAAUAACAACAAUAAAAAUAACCUAGAAAACCAUUAUCUGGAAUAGCAGAUCAAAAAUGAAAAAAUUGUAUUAUA